GCCCCUUUACUCAGAACUGCUUUCAUUUGCUGAAAUUGUCACUUGCAGCUCGUCUCAAAGAUAACUUGAACGCUGUUGAACCACGUUGAGUUUCAAAACAUGUCAGAGACAGUCGAGGGAUUGCGAGACCAACUCGCACUUUUUGAAAAGAGGUGCGCCGAUCUCGAAGCAAAGUUCGCUCUCUUGUCUCUCGCAAAAGCCACAGACGGUGGGAAGCCUGACGAGAAGCUCAAUGAUGCCAAGGCGUCAACAGUGGCUGGUGAGACUUCUCCAGCAGUCGAGCCACCACUACCGCGAGUCAAGAUAGUCACGAGUAUGCGGGAUGAAGAUGGCGAGGCCAUUGAAAAGACUACCGAGCCCAAGAAGAAAGACAACAGUGCCGAGGCACUAGGCUUCAUUUUGAAGAAAUUCGUCGGCAGCAAGUUCUCCGAAGGCGGCGGCGACGAAUCGGAGAUCAAUAUUGUGAAUCCCCACCUCUGGAACCUCUUGAAAUCUCAGCUAGGGUGGUACCCGUACCAUGUCUUCAGGGGCUCGGCUGUCACUCUGGUUUCCCCUUUCGAGCAUAUAGUCCACCAAUGGGACUCACUCUGGGAAGAAGCGAACCGUGACGGUUCCACAGACGAUGACAAACAGGCUCGGGAGGAUCUGAAAUCGCUCCUUGAGAUCAUUUCUGGAGGAAAGUCUGGCGACAGCAUGCUGGAUAAGUACUUUCAGAACCGCAAGACAUACAACGAGAACGAGGAGAAGACCGUGCAGUUCGAGGAUCUCUGGACCGUGUUCCCGCCCGGCACUCUCGUCUACGGUCGUCCUUUCCAGAACCAGGAUCAGAUCUUCGUCGUCAAGGACAGUUAUGAUAGUUGGCCCAUAAAACGGAAUGGCGAGUAUCUGCACUUCUCGCUUCAGGCAUGGUCCUACGACUGGAAGGAUGACUCGUUCGCGCGCAAGUGUUUCAACCUGAAGAUCCAGCCUUUUGAGGGAUACCGCCCCUUGACGUCGCUUGAGUACUUUCCCUUCGACCUUCAUCCGGCAAAGGACAAGAUUCGGGAGGAGCUUAUUGCCCGUGGCAAGAAAUUCCGCGACUUCUGCACGGCCAGAGAAGGAUCUCGGAUGUUCGAGUACCACGGUCAUGCAAUCACGGAGAAGAAGGGCUUCUCCGGUAUGAGCCAAGACGACGAUAUUGAUAGCAUGUCCGACGUCAUCGUGCGACAAGCUAUGAUGAUAGGCAUGGAUCCCGUCCAGUAUGUCAGACUGCGAAGACCUCACGCGAUAUCAAGAGUCUUGAACUCCAUCACUGUGAAUGGUCGCGUCAUGGUCGACUACGCCUCCUACUUCCAGUACGGGUCCACCAACGGCCGCAAUGGCGACCUCGAGAUGGGCUACGAACAGACGUCAUGCACCUGCUCUGACUGCAAGAGCAACGAGGAGCUCGCUCAAAGGUACAGGACUAGAUUCGACGAGGAGAAACAGAGCAGCGCCUCAAUCUGGGAGGAUGAGCAGUACCUGAUGUGUCCUCCCCGGGUGCUGGGCUAUAUCUUGCAAGAGAAGCAGUGGGCGCAGCUCGGAGUCCAGUCACUGCAACCCAUUACUGUUGGCGGUGAGCAGGACACCUGGAAGUCCCGGCUCAAGCUUGCAGACGAGAACACGAAACACGUCCUCUUCGAUCUGGUCCGCAGCCACAAAUCGAACUCUAAUCACGGCGGGAGUGCGACCCAGAAUCGUCUUUCUGACAAGGUGCAAGGCCUUGAGGUUGAUGACAUUGUGCCGGGCAAAGGGAAAGGCCUUGUGAUUCUUCUCUACGGACCGCCGGGAGUGGGCAAGACGUCCACGGCCGAGACGAUCGCGAUGGCCAGCGGCAAACCACUGUUCUCUGUCAGUGUCGCUGAUGUGGGCACGCAAGCCAAGCAUGUCGAGGCCAACUUGUCCAAGAUAUUCUCGCUCGCCACAAUCUGGCAAGCGAUUUUGCUCAUCGACGAGGCCGACGUCUUCCUGGAAAGUCGUGGCCGUGGUGGCAUGGUACAAUCGACCGAAAAGAACGCAUUGGUCUCAGUGUUCCUUCGUGUCCUGGAGUAUUACCAGGGCAUCAUGUUUCUCACUACCAAUCAGAUCGCCGAUUUCGACAUUGCCAUUCCGUCCCGCAUCCACUUCGCCAUCAAGUACGAGAGCCUGAACCAUGCGCAAAUGGAGGCCAUCUUCAAGGGCUUCCUUACCAAGCUGAAUGAGCACAACCUCAUUGAGGACUACGACGACAUCCUCGAGUGGCUAAAGGAGGAUGUCUACUCUGAAGGCUUCGACGGACGCCAGCUCCGCAACGUCGUGACAACAGCACUGUCUCUAGCGCGGGCAGAUGACCAGAAGGGAAAAGGCAACGGCAAGCUCACCAAGUCCCACAUGAAGAAGGCGUUCAGCAACGUGAAGCAGUUCAAACGAGACUUCAGCACACAGAUGCAACGAUACAAGGACAGCCAGCUAAAAAUGAUCAAGUAGGCAGACAGUCAAUUGCCCAGAGUUUCCGUUCCGGACCUUCCCAGUGGCGGAGUGGGCAUUGCUACUAGGCUUUGAUUCGUGGCUCGGCACUUUGCCUGCUUCUUACUUCCGGCUGCGAGGCGACUGAGACAAGGCGAUUGAUCUAGGGCUGUUUUACAACCACUUGUUAGUGUGUAUGGAAGUCACAGACAAAUCGGAACCACAAUUAAACAGUGAUAUGGAAAGCGUCUUCCGGCCGUGCUUAGUCCUGCUUAGGCACUACUUUAUCUUAAUUAGGUCCCCCUUAGGUCACGGUUAUCGCGAGGUGCUACUAUUUAUAAUGAUACAUACGUCAGGUCCCAAAU